AUGUUACUAUGUCACACACGGUGGUAGAACCAUGUGGACAGUGUCGCGUUGACUCCGUAGCUGAGUUGUUUAAGUGUUGUUAGUUCGGUUUAGUUUUCGCAAUGAACGUAAAGUUACUUUUCAUUUAGUAGUAACAAUACGUGUACACCUAUUGACCUACGUUACUCACUACAUUUCCGUGGAAAAUGGGUAAAUCAAAGACCAAGAACCAGAAGAAAUCCAGAGCAACAGCCAACCAUGUGGCCGAGGAGACCUAUCAAUCAGUCCCCCAUUCCUUCGUGUUUCACCGGGGUCAGAUUGGGAAAAACGUGACCCAGCUUAUCAUGGAUGUUCGUAGAGUCAUGGAGCCAUUCACAGCAGAGUCUUUGAAGGUCAGGAAAAAGAAUGUGUUGAAAGACUUUGUGGCAAUAGCAGGACCACUGGGAGUGACACACUUCAUGAUUUUCAGCAAAACAUCCAACAGUAUCAACAUGAGGCUUGCUCGACUUCCUAAAGGACCCACGCUUCAUUUCAGAGUCCUCAAGUACUCCCUUAUCAAAGAUGUGGUUUCAUCUCUGAAGAAACACAGGAUGCAUGACCAGCAAUUCACACAUCAUCCGCUUCUCAUCCUCAAUAAUUUUGGAUCUGAUGGCAUGCACAUCAAGCUAAUGGCCACCAUGUUUCAAAACAUGUUUCCUUCCAUAAAUGUGCACAAGGUAAAUCUAAACAACAUCAAGAGGUGUGUGCUUCUGAAUUACAACCCAACGUCUCAGGAAAUAGAGUUCCGUCACUUCAGUCUGAAGGUAGUCCCUGUGGGUAUGAGCCGUGGAGUCAAGAAGUUGAUGCAGGAGAGGUUCCCCAACAUGAGCAAGCUUGAGGAUAUCAGCGAGCUCUUGAUGAAGGGGACAAACCUUUCAGAAAGUGAAGCAGAACAAGACGGGGAUCACAACAUAACUGAACUGCCACAGGUGUAUUCUGGCCGUGGAAACAUGGCAUCUCAACAGAGUGCUGUUCGUCUGACUGAGAUUGGUCCUCGGAUGACUCUGCAGCUGACAAAGAUACAAGAAGGCAUGGGAGAGGGAAAUGUCCUUUAUCAUGCUAUUGCCUUGAAAACGGAAGAGGAAAUAAAGGAGAUCCUAGAAAGAAAGGAGGCACAGCUAAAAGAGAAGGAGGAUCGUCGAAAGCAACAAGAGCAGAAUGUGGCUCUGAAGAAAGAACAAAGAGAAAAGAACAAGAAAAAGAGUUUGGAGGGCAUCAAGAGGAAACAAGCUGAAGCUGAGGAGGACAGUGAAGUAGAGGACCCAGGGUUGGGGGCAGCUGCUGUCGAAUCCGACGACGAGGUGGAGUACUACAGACAAGCUGUAGGAGAGGAACCAGACGAAGAUAUGUUUCCUGGAGCAAAGAGAAAACGGAGCAGAGGAAAGCCUAACGGGCCCGUCAAGAAAAGGAAGCUGUCCCCUGGUAAAUCAUCAAGUAAAGACCGAGGUGGUAAAUCACCAAAGGGAGACAAAACAGGAAAACCUCAACAUAAAAAAGGAUGGAAGAAUUUUGGGAAUGGGGAGAAACAGUUUGGAAAGAAAGGCAAGCCUGGAGGCAAGACGUUCGGAGCCAAGAAACCCGGUGAUAAGGAAAAGAAAUUUGGUGGCAAAAAGACUUUUGGAGCAAACAGAUCAUUUGGAGGAAAGAAAACUAAAGACAAGCCAUUCAGAGCUACAGGUCAAAAAGGCAAACCAGGCUUGAAGAAAGGUGCAGGAGCAAAGCACAGCUUCAAACAGAGGAAGGGAAAAGCCUCAGCUGAAUGCAGGAUGGGGGAUCUCCAGGAAAGUGAGAAGUUCCAGAUUGACCUGCUGUGCUCAGUCUAUGGGUUUGAGUUCAUUGUUGCACUCACAGGAAAUGUCUUCGCGCUGUGGCUGCUUGUUGUCAGAGAAAGAAGGAACUGGCACACCGGCGUUGUCCUGUCCUGUAAUUUGGCCAUCAGUGACCUGCUGUAUGUCCUGACCCUGCCACUGCUCAUUGUCUACUACUCACUUCAGAAACACUGGGUGUUUGGUAAUGCAACGUGUAAAAUCGAGAGAUUUCUUUUCAACUGCAACCUGUAUGUGAGCAUCUUCUUUGUGAUGGCAAUAAGUGUGAACAGAUGUGUGGCUCUUGCCUGUCCAUUCUUUACCCGAACACACAUACAACCAGCCCACGCGAAGAUCAUCAGUGUCAUCAUCUGGAUCACGGUUGGAGUCAUUUCCUGCCCUGUGUUGAAAUUUGCCUCUAUUUGCCCAAGUGUGAAGAGUAACAAUACUGUGUGUGUUUCCAGUUGUGAUGGAAACAAUGAGGAGAGGUCUCACUUCAUCUACAGAAUGUUUCUUACUGUGUUUGGUUGUCUCAUUCCGUUCCUGGUUACUUUCACUUCUUAUUGUGUGGUAAUUUCGGUGGUGUGGAAAAGUGUGAGUAUAACCACACUGGAAAAGCGCAAGGUAGCUCUGUUAGUCAUGUCCGUCAUUGUGCUGUAUGCCAUUUCAUUUGUGCCUUACCAUGUCUUUCAGACAUAUCACUAUUAUCUCAAACUUCACAAACGCUUUAACAGUGUGGUGUACAAAUCAUACCAAGUGUCCAAAGGGCUGGCAACUUUGAACAUGUGUAUCCAUCCCCUCCUUUAUAUGGCAGUUUUUGACAGUAUAAGAGUGGCUUGUUGUGGGAAGAGCCCAGAGGACAACAGAAGAUAAAUGACAUGACAUCAAGUAUUCCAUGCAGCAAAAUCUAACCUGAUGUUUUCACACAGUAGUUCAGCUUGCUGUUAUUUCUGUUAUUGCCAUAUAGUGUUUUUCUUUGCUAUUAUACUAUUACUGUCUACAAUAAAGAUAUUUUUA